CACAGCCACCACAAAGUCAACGACAAACACAAACAACACACCCCCAGCCAGCCAGACGCACACACACACACACACACAAACACACACGCACACACACGCCCACACGCACACACACACACACACACACCAGCGAAGGCCAGGAUGGCGUACAACAGCAGUAGCAGCGGUGAUGUGCUGGAGCUGGGGGCAAUAGUGUGCGUGUGCACGUGCAGUUCCAAAGCGUCUGCGCUGGAUACACAGCCACAGGCUUCACCGCCUUUGAAACGGCCAUCGAGCCUGUCACUCGCAGACUUCCAUGUGCUUGUCAUGGAACAAGGUGACAGCUUCGGCCUGCCUGAAGGCCCAAACUACCAAGGAGAAGCCCUAACAGCAUGCGCCACUCGAAUCGCCCAGCGCUAUGCCCAGCAUGGACUUCGCAAACCCGUGAGCGUGACCAUCAUGGGCCACGCGAAUCGGCUGAAGAAAUACGGCGGCGCAGCAGUGGCGUUUCUUGUUCCAUGCACAGACCCUGGGUCUCUACAGUUGCAAGCAGGCAUCAAGCUCAUCCCCAUGCCACAAGCCGUGGAGCUAGCACAGGACAACAAGUUUAUGGCAGACUACAAUGAGACCGUGCUUGCGUUGGCCGGAUUCUUCAAAGACAAAAUGAAACAGCCAGAGGAAGCGCAACGCAUGUUCUCUGGCGUGCACAAGUAUCCUCUGCAGCAGCAAAUGAACCCGCUGUUCUUGCAGCCAAACAUGCACCUCCGUGACGCAUGCUUUCGGUCAUGGACCAACCCGCAUUUCAAAACGGGGGCGCUGCGCCCAAAGCAGACGGCGCCCGCAACAGCAACCAGCACAACCGCACGCAAGCACGCAGAACGGUUGAACGACGUGCGUUUCAACCGCCAACGCUCGAGCGUAUAUGAGGUGGAGGGCGCUGAUCGCAGCGACGUUGAUGACGAUCCGCGACACGACGGCAACAGCAGCAGCAGCAGUAGUAGUGGUGACAACGAACGUGAUGAUGGUGGUGAUGAUGGUAUUGGCAACCGUGGUGUUGGAGCACCAGGUACACGUGGCGAUGAACACAGCACCGACACCAGCGCCAACAACACAACACGGGCGAGCACCCUCUCGCAACAGCAGCCGGGCGCAAGUGCGUUUACAUUCCCCAGCUUGCAUAAUGGCAGUGUUCGACAGCGCAAGUCCAGCCGCGCCGUACGCAACACAUCGGACUCAUCCUUUGACCCCAUGCGUGAUGAUCUCGACUCUGAUUUCACAAAUCCGCUCUAUGAAGCAUCGUCUCCUCUGUAGCGCUUGGUCGCUUGUUUGUUUGUUUGUGUGCGUGC